AUGCCGAUGACCUUGAACCACUACCUCAAUGAUGAUCUCCAGAAACGGGUUAACACUGGAGUCACAGCCGGCAAAAACUUCAUAAUAUUGGCGCUGUGGGUAAAUGGCCUUUCGGAUGAGAAAUUGGAGGACCUUGUCGGCGAGGAAGCAAAGACAAAGCGCAGACGACGAGUCUUGAAGAAGAUCAAUGAGCUGGAGGCUGGCAGGAAGGUUCUCUUGACUUGA